ACUUUUCGAGCAUGGCAAGUCUGUCGGAAGGAGAAAAAAAGAAAAACGUCAGCCAAUCAUUCAUCGGAAAUAUAUACUUUGCUUUUUUGUUCGCUUUUCUUUUGCUGUAUGCCACAUUGUAUGCAGCUCGCGAUAGGCACAGAGGGUUGGACCGAGGUGCCGAGGCUCGCAGUGUAACACCUAGGUCGCGUCGACCUCGCAAGGCAAAAAAACGAGAGAACGAGAGAAAGGCGAAAAGCAUACCUCACAAGCGCGCGACGCACGUUGCCUUCUGAAACUCAUGUGUCCGUUUGGUCCGCUGCGUACAGUAAUUCC